AUGCCCACCACGAUUGGCAAACUUACCAAACUCUUGAGUCUGAAUCUUGAAUAUAAUCAAAUCCAAGCACACAACAUAGAAGACUGGGAGUUUUUGAAUAGCUUAGGCAACUACACAGAGCUACAAAUGUUGUCCAUGGGUUAUAAUCAUCUAUCAGGACAUGUACCGAGUUCAUUAGGUAACCUUUCAAGUCAACUCCAGGAAUUAUACUUGACAAACAAUCAACUAUCAGGAGAUUUACCAUCUGGCAUAGCAAACCUUCGCAACCUAAUUUUUGUAGCAUUGGGACGAAAUAACUUUACAGGUGUGGUUCCUAUGUGGAUUGGAACUCUCAAAGCUGUGCAGGUAAUAGGCUUAUUCAAAAACUUCUUUGCGGGGGCUCUCCCAUCAUCCUUGUCAAACUUGACUCAAUUGGGAGCUCUCUACCUACGCUUGAACCAGUUCACUGGUCACAUACCAUCAAGCUUUGGAAACUUUCCAAUGCUUCAAAUAUUGGACAUUUCCCGCAACGAACUACAUGGCAAGGUUCCAAUGGAGAUCUUUAGAAUCCCAACACUAAUUGGAAUUGAUUUGUCAUUCAAUAGCCUCGAUGGACAACUUCCUACCGGCAUUGGAAAUGCCAAACAACUCGUGAGAUUGAGAGUUUCAUCAAAUAAACUAUCCGGAGAUAUUCCAAACACAUUGGGUGAUUGUGAAAGCUUAGAAGGCAUUGAGUUAGAUUCGAAUAUUUUCAGCGGAGGCAUUCCCACAUCGUUAGACAAGAUAAGCAGCCUCAAAAUUUUGAAUUUGUCUACAAAUAACUUAACUGGGUCAAUACCAGCAUCUCUUGGCAGCCUGGAACUUCUUGAGGACCUAGAUUUGUCAUUCAACCAUCUUAAUGGAGAUGUUCCAACAAAAGGGAUCUUCAGGAAUGCAACUGCCUUGAGGAUUAACGGAAAUCAAGGGCUUUGUGGCGGGGUAAAAGAGUUACACAUACUAGCCUGUUCUGUUGUGCCUUCAAAUUCAACUAGGCACAAGGAAUCUUUAGUGCUCAAAGUGGUCAUCCCAAUAGCAUGUGUUGUUUCAGUUUCUAUAGUCAUAUAUGGCUAUUUGCUAUGGAUAAGAAAACACAUGAGCAAAUCUAUAUCACUGCCAUCAUUUUCUACAAAAUUCCCCAAAGUUUCUUUCAACGACCUAACCAGAGCAACUGAGGGGUUCUCGACAUCUAAUUUGAUUGGUAGAGGAAGAUACAGUUCUGUGUACCAAGGAAAACUAGUUGAAGACCAAAAUGAGGUUGCCAUAAAAGUCUUCAACCUAGAGAUAAGAGGAGCACACAAGAGCUUCAUUGCAGAAUGUAAUGCAUUGAGAAAUGUGCGACAUCGCAAUCUGGUCCCUAUUCUAACUGCAUGCUCGAGCAUUGAUUCUAAGGGCAAUGAUUUCAAGGCCCUGGUGUAUGAGCUCAUGCCACGAGGAGACUUACAUAAACUACUAUACUCAACUCAAGACUAUGAAUGCUCUUCAGAUUUGAACCUCAUUAUGAUGGCUCAAAGGAUAAGCAUUGUGGUGGACGUGGCGGAUGCACUGGAGUAUCUACACCAUAAUAACCAAGAAACAAUGAUUCAUUGUGAUCUGAAGCCUAGCAACAUUCUUUUGGAUGACAAUAUGACAGCUCAUGUUGGAGACUUUGGGCUGGCAAGAUUCAAAGUUGGUUCCACAAUCUCAUCUCUUGGUAACUCCAGCUCUUCUUCUAUUGCAGUAAUGGGGACAAUUGGAUACACCGCUCCAGAAUAUGCUGGGGGCGGUCAAGUUUCAGCUGCCGCGGAUGUUUACAGCUUUGGUGUCGUUCUCCUCGAGAUAUUCAUUCGAACAAGGCCGACUGAUGACAUGUUUAAGGAUGGCCUCAACAUUGUGAACUUUAUAGAGGCCAGCUUCCCCGGUAGGGUAUUGGAGAUUGUCGACCCCCAACUGCUACAAGAGUUGGAGGAAACUCCAAUGGCCUUGAAGGGAAAAUGUUCAGAAUGUCUUCUAUCUAUGUUAAACGUUGGCCUUUCUUGCACCAAGCCAUCCCCUGGCGAUCGUAUCAACAUGCAGGAGGUGGCUGCCAAGCUACAUAGAAUCAAGGAUGCUUAUCUCAAUGCUAACUGA